AUGUAUAACAACACUAAAGAUCACGAAAAAAAAAAUACAAAUCCUAAAUCAAUACUUGCUGAAAUUUCUGGAAACACUUUUCUAAUCUUUGAUUAUUUAGAUAAAUUUGAACAUGAUUUCGAUGAAAAAAUGUAUGUUUAUGAACCUGGUGAUGGAUUUUAUGGCAACGGCGCUAGAGUUGUUUCAAAAUAUUGUUUUGAUCAUUACGGAGACCGUUACAAGCAAUUUUUUAUCAGAUGUGGUGAUUAUUUCCAUGAACUACUUCAACAUGGCACUGAAUUCUUUGUUGAAAUGGGUAUCAAUCGAUUAACUUUGGCGUGUGGAACUGGCUCAACUAGUUGUGUUGCUUUGGCUAAACGUUUGAAGUUGAUCGAUCAGGAUGCAAGUAAAGUCACUGUCAAUGUUCCCGGUGGUUAUUUAAUUAUUUCUAAUGAGAAUGCGUUAGAUUCUUUUUGUCGUAAAAUGCAACAAAUUGAAAAAAUACUUAUAGCAAAUAGAGGAGAGAUAGCAUGCAGAAUAAUUUCUACAUGUAGACAUUUAGGAAUUUCUACUGUUGCUGUUUAUUCUGAAAGUGAUAAAGAUUCAUUAUUUGUAAAAUUAGCGGAUGAAUCGAUUUAUAUUGGUUCAAAUGAAUCUUAUUUAUGUGGCGAUAAAAUUAUUAAUGCUGCUAAAAGAGUUGGGGCUGAUGCUAUACACCCAGGUUAUGGGUUUUUAUCAGAAAAAUCAGAUUUUGCUAAAUUAGUAGCACAAUCAGGUAUUCGAUUCAUAGGACCUUCACCUGAUUCUAUAUUGGCAAUUGCAAAAAAUCUACUUUCGAAAAAUUUACCAGUUGUGCCACUUAUACCAGGGUAUAAUGGUUUAAACCAAGAUAUUGAUGUAUUGAUAAAUGAGGCUUUAAGAAUUGGGUUUCCUAUAUUAUUAAAAGCUUCUUCAGGUGGAGGAGGAAUGGGAAUGAGAAUUAUUCGUGAUGAGUCAAAAUUGAGAGAAGAAAUUGCAUUGGCAAAAGCUGAAUCAUUAAGAUUAUUUGGAUCAGAAAAUCUUUUAAUUGAAAAAUAUUUUGAUUCAGUCAGCCAUGUCGAAAUUCAAUUAAUUGGUGACAAGUAUGGAAACAUUUAUCAUUGUUUUGAGAGAGAUUGUUCUAUUCAAAGACGUCAUCAAAAAGUUAUUGAGGAAACACCUUCACCAAAUUUAGAUUCAACAUUAAGGUCUGAAAUGAUAUCUGUUUCAAUUCAAAUUGGAAAGCUUCUUAAGUAUGAAGGUGUUGGUACAAUUGAAUUUAUAGUUGAUAAAUUAGAAAAAAAAUUUUAUUUUCUUGAAAUGAAUACAAGAUUACAAGUUGAACAUCCAAUCACAGAGUUAGUCACCGGAUUAGAUUUAGUAGAACUUCAAAUAUUAGUUUCUCAAGGUUACGAAUUAUCAUCAUCACCGUUACCUAAUUUAACAUCUAUUGGACAUGCAAUUGAAUGUCGUUUAUAUUCAGAAGAUCCAUCAAAAAAUUUUUUACCGAGUACAGGCAAAUUACUUUAUUGGAAACAAGCGUCAAUACCAAAUGUUAGAUAUGAUACUGGUGUGGAAACAGGAUCUGUGAUUUCAAUGUAUUAUGAUCCAUUAAUAUCAAAAAUUUCAGUGUUUGCACCAACAAGACAACAAGCAAUACAAAAAAUGCAUUUGGCAUUAAGAAAUACAAUAUGUUUAGGACUUGUAACAAAUCAAUCGUUUUUAACAAAAGUUAUGAAAAACAACAAUUUUAAUAAAGGAUUUUAUAACACGAAUUUCGUAGAAAAUGAAUACUCAAAUAAUAAUAUCAGUAGUAAUGUUGUUGGUGAAAACGAAACAAUAAAAAAUUUAGGAAUAGUCGCAUUUUUAUGGUUAUGGCAUUUAAGAGAGAAACAAAGAACAACAUUACGCCAUAUACCGUCUAGAUGGAGAUAUUUGAAAUAUAAAAAUCCAAUUGAAAUAUACAAUAAAAAUACUCCAAUAUUAACCAUAGAAACAAUGAAAAUUGAAAUAAAAAUUUUUUCAAAACAUGAUGGAAUUAUAAAAUUUUUGGUUAAAGAGGGUGAUAUAGUUGAUGCUGGAGCUUUGUUAGUGAAAAUUGAGUAG